CCCCAUUCAGAGAGAGAGAGGAAGUUCCAACCAUCGCCAUAGCUAGGGUUUCUCGAAUCCUCCACAGAAAAGAACGCCAACGACAAUCUCCUCCCUUCCCCAAAACCCUAACCUUAAAUAUUGCUCCUUUAAAGAAAAACCAACUUUCAUCGUUUCCUUGAAUUUCUUCUCUUUUCGAUUUCGUUCCAUUCGAUCCCACCGGGGAUACUAACAUCCCGUUCAUAUAUACGUUGUCGCAAUUUUCAGUUCGGAAUCGAGGUUUCGCAGUUCAGAAGGAUCGAAUACCCUCAACCGAAUCCUCCUUGGGACAGUGAAUUAGGAUUUUGUCUGCCGAGUAUUUUGUUCCGGAUCUUUGAAAGAGCCCGACUAUGGUGAUAGUUCACCACCACUUUUGAAUGUUGAAAUGGGUGAUGCUGACUCUGGCGGUGACUGUAAGAGAAUUCGAAAUAUUUGCAUUCUUGCCCACGUUGAUCAUGGCAAGACAACACUUGCCGAUCACCUGAUCGCUGCAUCUGGCGGUGGAGUCCUCCACCCAAAGCAAGCAGGCCGUCUUCGCUACAUGGAUUACCUCGAUGAGGAACAGCGGCGGGCGAUCACGAUGAAGAGCUCUUCAAUCUCCCUUCAGUACAAGGACUACUCCAUCAACCUCAUUGACUCUCCUGGUCACAUGGAUUUCUGCAGUGAGGUCUCAACUGCGGCUCGCCUGAGCGAUGGAGGCUUGAUCCUAGUUGACGCCGUUGAAGGUGUACACAUCCAGACCCAUGCAGUCCUUCGCCAAGCCUGGGUCGAGAAGCUCACACCUUGUCUGGUUCUCAACAAGAUUGACCGUUUGAUCUCUGAACUGAAACUGAGCCCGGUUGAAGCCUACACCCGAUUGCAGAGAAUUGUUAAUGAAGUCAAUGGAAUUAUGAGCGCAUACAAAUCAGAGAAGUACCUUUCAGAUGUUGAUUCGAUACUUGCAGGGCCCAUCAGUGAUACAGAUGAGAAUCAGGAGGUUGUGGAGGAUGAUGAAGGAGACACGUUCCAGCCCCAAAAGGGGAAUGUGGCCUUUGUUUGUGCUUUGGAUGGGUGGGGAUUUUGUAUAAAUGAGUUUGCCGAUUUUUAUGCUUCAAAGCUUGGGGCGAGUGUGGCCGCAUUGCAGAAAGCUUUGUGGGGCCCACGGUAUUUUAACCCAAAGACAAAGAUGAUUGUUGGGAAGAAGGGUAUUGGAGGUGGGAGUAAGGCUCGACCAAUGUUUGUGCAGUUUGUGCUUGAGCCUCUCUGGCAGGUUUACCAGGCCGUUCUUGAAUCUGACGGUGAUAAGGGGAUGAUUGAGAAAGUGAUCAAAUCUUUCAAUUUGAAAAUCCCUCCUCGCGAGCUUCAGCACAAGGAUCCGAAGGUUGUGCUUCAGGCUAUUUUCAGCCGGUGGCUUCCUUUAUCAGAUGCGAUCUUGUCAAUGGUAGUUAAAUGCAUGCCCGACCCUAUCACAGCCCAGUCAAUCAGGAUCUUGCGUUUGCUUCCAAAGAGGGAGGUUUUGGAUCAUGGGAUCAGUCCCAAUGUGCUUGCUGAAGCGGAGCAUGUGAGGAAGUGUGUUGAGGUUUGUGAUUCUAGUUCGGAAGCGCCAUGUGUGGCGUUUGUUUCUAAAAUGUUUGCUGUUCCAUUGAAAAUGCUCCCGCAAAGGGGUCUGGACGGGGAGAUCAUAAACAAUUUUACAGAAGAAGUUGGGGAAUCAGAUGAAUGCUUCCUUGCAUUCGCUAGGAUUUUCAGCGGGGUUCUUUCCAUCGGUCAGAAGGUUUUUGUGCUCUCUGCUUUAUAUGACCCUACGAAAAGCGAAUCCAUGCAGAAACACGUGCAAGAAGCCAAGUUGCAUUCACUGUAUCUGAUGAUGGGCCAAGGUUUGAAGCCAAUUGCAUCCGCUAAGGCUGGAAAUGUUGUGGCCAUUCGAGGGCUGGGGCAGUAUAUUUUGAAAAGUGCUACACUUGCAUCAACGAGACAUUGUUGGCCUUUCUCAAGUAUGAUGUUUCAGGUUGCGCCAACUUUGAGAGUGGCUAUCGAGCCUACAGAUCCAGCGGAUAUGGGUGCUCUUUUGAGAGGCUUGAGGCUUCUAAAUCGCGCUGACCCUUUUGUGGAGGUUACAGUUUCUGCUAGAGGGGAACAGGUGCUUGCGGCUGCAGGAGAAGUGCAUCUCGAGAGAUGCGUAAAAGAUUUGAAAGAGCGAUUUGCAAGGGUAAGCUUGGAAGUUUCACCACCUCUUGUAUCCUAUAAAGAGACCAUUGAAGGGGAGGGAUCUAAUCCACAGGAGAAAUUAAAGGUUUUAUCCGGCAGUGGUGAUUAUGUUGAGAAGACAACUCCAAAUGGGAGAUGUGUUGUUCGGGUACAAGUCAUGAAACUUCCGGCUGAUUUAACAAAAAUUCUAGAUGAAAGUGCGGAUAUACUUGGAGAUAUCAUAGAAGGAAAGUCUGGUCUGAGCAACAAAACUUUGAAAAUGCAGAGUCUAAACAACACUGCUGAAGAUGAGAAUUCAGUUAUGGCACUUGAAAAGCGGAUCAUUGAGGCUAUAGAGAGUGAAGUUGAGUCUAGCAUGAAAGAAAUUGAUAAAGACAAGGCUGAAAAAUAUAGAAGCUUGUGGUUCCAAUUUUUGCAAAGGAUCUGGGCACUUGGGCCUCGACAGGUUGGGCCGAAUAUUCUCUUUGUUCCUGAUUUAAAAGGGAAUACUGAUUGCUCUCAUGGCAAGGAGUGUGUUAUCAUUCAGGGUUCUUCUCAUGUAUCCCAAAGAUUGGGCUUUCUGGAUGCUACUAAUUUGAAGACCGAAGAUGAGUUUACUGCCACCAAGGCGUCGUCUAUAGCAGCAAUUCAAUCGCUGUACAUGGAGGCACAGAGUCUUGAGAGUAGUGUCAUAUCGGGUUUCCAGCUAGCUGCAGCAGCCGGGCCGUUGUGUGAUGAGCCGAUGUGGGGUUUGGCAUUCCUUUUGGAAGCUCACAUUUUACCGGCAAGCCAAUCCGAUGAUUCCGAGCUUGCCCAGCAACCUGAUCAGUAUGGGGUGUUCACAGGACAGGUAAUGACGACCAUCAAAGAAGCAUGUAGGGCUGCUGUGCUACAAAAAAAUCCCCGGCUUGUUGAAGCAAUGUACUUCUGCGAGUUGAAUACACCCACCGAAUAUUUGGGACCCAUGUAUGCUGUGCUUGCCAGGCGGCGAGCCCGAGUUUUGAAAGAAGAGAUGCAAGAAGGUUCUGCAUUAUUUACUGUGCAUGCCUAUGUACCAGUUGCUGAGAGCUUUGGAUUUGCAGACGAGCUUAGGAGGUGGACGUCAGGAGCAUCAAGUGCUCUGCUGGUAUUUAGCCAUUGGGAAGCGCUUCCAGAAGACCCUUUCUUCAUACCGAAAACAGAGGAAGAAAAAGAAGAGUUUGGAGAUGGUUCCAGUGUUCUGCCAAACACCGCAAGGAAGCUUAUUGAUGCUGUAAGGCGACGGAAGGGCCUACCCGUGGAGGAGAAAGUUGUUCAGCAUGCAACAAAGCAGCGGACUCUAGCUCGGAAGGUGUGAUGUGUUUACUGAGAGAAGUGAAGAGAAAUUCAUCAACCAUAUGCUUCUUAAGUCUGCAUUUGGCUUAUGGCCAUACCAGGAGCAGAGGAAAAUAAUUUGGUUUUGGAAUUUCUACUCAGUAGAAUUUCCUAAAAAUCGCAAAAUUGGGUUCUUUUGUGCUGUGUUGGAAAGAGAGAGAGCUCUCUGGAAUCCACAUGAUUCUCAUAUCAUUAUUUAUGUAAAUUUCACUGAAGAGUACCAAGCUAAAAAUGCAGACCUGUAAGUCAAUACACAAGUGAUUUGUAGCAAGAAAUAUAGAAACAAUACUCAAACUCAAUUUUGGUCGUGAGUUUGAUUCUUGUAACUGAUUUGGCUGAGAUAAGCUUGAUUAUAAUGUAAACCUUCAAAUUUUUCCGUAGA